UAAUCCAGCACAGUGUAGUGAGGUAAAAAAUACAAAUUCAAAACCCGAUGUGGAGAGUAGUACCGCGGUGGGGUGUUAGUUACAGUAGAUGAUGAACACGUAUUUUGAACAGAGUGGUGGAUUCUACAACGGACAAACUACAACAGAGCAAUCGUAUCGUUAUCCACAGAGUUUACUUGUCCAACCUUAUCCACCAGCGACUGGUGCAAGGUCGGCUCACGAUACCACUUACGGUGAAGCUGGUGCAACAGCAGCAGCGGCAGCAGCAACAUCUUGCAAACUAUACACGGGUGGAGGGGAUACCGGUGCGGUCUUUAAGCCCGAGUGCCUGGUUAAAGAUCAGAAUGGCUAUCAGCAAGCGGUGAAAGAAAUGGCCGCCUGGUCAGGAGUCAGGACCGCUAGCCUGAGCGAUCCACUACGUACGACUUAUGGAAGUGAAGCUACAGCUGCUCGAGUGUCUGAAUCGUGGAACCAGUGCUGUCAGUCGAGUCCAGCAGUGGCUCAAGUACCCACCAACGCAUUCUAUCCCUGGAUGGCUAUCGCAGGGGCAAACGGUUUAAGAAGGAGAGGAAGGCAGACAUACACCCGAUAUCAAACCCUGGAAUUAGAAAAAGAGUUUCACACGAACCAUUAUCUGACACGGCGAAGAAGGAUCGAAAUGGCACAUGCCCUGUGUCUGACAGAACGACAGAUCAAGAUCUGGUUCCAAAAUAGGAGGAUGAAGUUGAAAAAAGAGAUCCAAGCCAUCAAAGAACUGAAUGAACAAGAGAGACAGUCCAAAGGAUCUUCCCAAGGGAACCAGAAUCAAGGAUCGACAACUCCUGCACCUGUUACAGGACACAGUGACGUCGGCACUCCUGGUAAAACGUAAGACCAUUAUAAAAAAAAAACCACACCCAUUUAAAAAAAAUUACAAUCCAGCUGCAAAAAUAUAAAAAACAACAAAAAAAACAUAAUAAAAUUCCAAAAAAUCACCACCAUGUUUGGUCCAUUCUUCAAUAUUUCUUAUGUUUAUGUUUAUUUCAUUCAAACUACACCCCUCUCCCUCACUCCCUCUCCCUCUCUUUAAGAAUUUAUAUUAUAUUAUUAUAUUAUUUUAUUGAGUUAUACGUCAUAUUAUAUAUAUAUAUAUAUAUAUACAUAUAUAUAUGUAAAUGAUAAGAUCUCAUGGAUGUAAUUUUUCUUU